GUUCCCAUGGGGCCCGUUCAAAUGCUCUUUUUGUUCGUUUUACCCUUUGUGUGUUUUAAAGUUUUCUUUCUUGUGGUUGUUCCUACUUGCUUCUUUGUGGCGCCUUGUUUUCCCGACAUUUCCGCGGCAAUCAGAACCCAUCUAUCCAACUUGGGGCCCAUAAAGAAGACGAAGAAACUUUGUAAGUCCAGUCAGAGUCCUCUCUCCUCUUGGUUCUCGACUGCUUCUCCUAGUACUUUUGAGUUUGAAGAAGAGGAUUCUGGCGAAGAUGAAAAGGAACAUGUUUACAAGCUCGGAAGGGAAGCUUUUGCUUCUUCAGAAAGGCAAUUGACCGGUCAACAAAAGAUAGAAACGGCACAGGUAAAGGAGGCAGGGGUCCAAACUGAUUCCUCGUUGCCAACUGUGCAGAAAAGUUUGAAGAAAUCAGUCACUGAACCAGUCUUAUUUGAAGAGGAGGCUAGUCUGCUGGAGGAAGUGGUAGCAGGAAACCUUCCUAUUCACGCUAUUGAAAAGAACGCAACUGAUUUUGAAACGGCAGUUCGUGUUAGACGAAAGGCAUUUGACAAGCAACUGCACGCAAACUUUUCAGUAGCCUCAACUACUAAUAGCUUCUUUGAUGGCCUACCUUAUCAAGACUUUGAUUAUAAGAGAGUCUACGGAACUUGCUGUGAACUUGUUGUGGGAUAUGUUCCUAUACCAGUUGGUUUUGCCGGACCAGUUAAAGUGAAUGAUGAAAAUGUAUUCUUCCCAAUGGCGACAACUGAAGGUUGCCUGGUUGCUUCUACAAACAGAGGAUGUAAGGCGAUUAUGGAAAGUCAAGGAUGUCUUUCGUAUGUUGUGAGUGAUGGAAUGACCAGAGCUCCCUGUAUUCGCUUUCCUUGUGCAGGGAUGGCAGUCGAGUGCAAGAUUUGGUUAGAACAAGAGGAUACCUUUGAGUUGUUGUCGGAACAGUUCAAUUCCACAUCACGCUAUGGUAGGCUGCAGUCUGUAAAAGUUGCAAUUGCAGGAAGGAAUCUUUAUUUGCGGUUCAAAUGUCUUUCGGGUGACGCAAUGGGGAUGAAUAUGGUAUCAAAAGGAACUGAAAAGGCGUUGGAAGUUAUAAAAGCACAUUUUUCUGAAAUGGAAGUAGUUUCCUUGUCUGGAAAUUACUGUUCUGAUAAGAAACCUUCGGCAGUCAACUGGAUUGAAGGACGUGGGAAGACUGUUGUGGCAGAAGCAGUCAUAAGUGGUGAUGUUGUUGAAAAGGUUUUGAAAACCAAUGUAGCCUCCAUGGUUGAUUGUAAUAUACAAAAGAAUUUAGUUGGGUCUAUUAUGGCGGGAUCUUUGGGAGGUUUCAAUGCACAUGCUGCGAAUAUUGUUGCAGCGAUUUUUAUUGCAACUGGUCAAGAUGCAGCCCAAGUAGUUGAAUCUUCUCAUUGCAUAACGUUGUUAGAACCUGCAAAUAAUGGAAGAGAUUUAAGAAUUUCUGUUACACUUCCAUGUGUCGAAGUAGGUACAGUUGGAGGUGGAACAGUGUUACCCGCCCAAUCGUCAUGUUUGAGAGCAAUGGGAAUAGAUCCUCAGAAUUCCCCAGCACCUGGUCAGAAUUCAAGGAAAUUAGCUACUCUUAUUGGAGCUUCUGUCUUGGCAGGAGAAUUAUCUUUGUUGGCGGCUUUGACUGCUGGGCAUUUAGUCAAAGCACAUAUGCAGUACAAUAGAUCAGUAUCCAAUCUGAAUUUGUACGAUCUUCAAAGACCACGAAGUGCCAGUCAAGGUUUGCCUCCGAAGUUUCCUCCUCCAUCUUGUACUCCAACACACGAUUAGUUUCUUUUUUAUUUUUAGUUUUUUUGUUUUCUUUGUAAAAAUUGGUUUUUAUUUUUUUCGAA